CAAUUCACACGCACCACAUACGCUCUUCUCCAACCCUCCCAUGGCUUCCCACUUCCCACUCUAUUUCCUCUUCUCCCUUCUCCUCCUCCUCCUCCCCCAUUCAGCCGCCCUAGGCCUUCUGCCACUACCCGUUAUAAAGACCGCCGGCGGAGAACCAACUCGGGCGGAGGCGAUCGCCGGAGCUCUCUCCGACCACGGCUACGGCGCCAUGUCCAUGAUCCUCCACCUCACCCUCCAUGACCUCAUCAAAACCCACAACAACUCCACCGCCCUCACCAUAUUCUGCCCCCAAGACGCCGCUUUCUUCUCCCUCAAGUUUCCUCAGCCCCCGCUCACCCUUCUCCGGUAUCACUUUGUCCCCAGGAAACUUGAGCAGCAAGUCUUGGGAUCCGCCGGCUUUCCGGUCGGAUCCAAGCUGGACACCCUCCUCCCCGGCCACCCCCUCGUCGUCACCGCCCCCAGUACCGUCAACGGAGUCAGGAUUGCCGACUGGGAUAUCUACGACGACGGGGUUGUGACCGUUCACGGCGUCGGCGAGUUCUUCGACCCGGCGUUCCAGACCCUCCGGUACCCUUGGUAUGACGGCGCCGUCGGGCAGAACGGUUGCGGCGGCAGCGGCGAACCGGAAAGGACAAGCCGGUUUUUUUGGGAUAGAGAUUAUGUGGCGAUUAAUUUGGCGGAGGUCCUGGUUUGUCUUGGAACUGCACUUCUUCUCGCUGCGGGAGUCGUCUAUUUUGGUGAUCAAGAUGAAAGUGAUGAGAAUUAUGGAUACAUUUAUUAUACUACUCUUUAAUUUGGAGAGCGUGAACUUUUUCAAGUGUAAAUUUAAAUUUUUAUAAAUUUAGAUCAACAAAAAGAUUACAUUUUAUUUUGUUUCAUUUUAAAAAAAAUUUAAAUCAAAGGUUUGAACUUCGAAUUUUAAGUACAUGUUGGACUAGAGUUUUUAGAUUUUGAGUUGUAAUGAUUAAGGGUAGGUAGAGAUCAAUGUAUUAUAUUUUCUUUUGUUAAUAAAAUUUUCAAAAAACAGUAAUUUUAUUCUAAA